AUGGGAAAGGAAAGACUGAGUAAUAUGGGCUCCCUCAGAAAAAAACCGAAGCCGGAGGAGUUGCUCGAAAUAAUUAUUUAUAACAUAUUAUCGCUAACCAUUGUCAACGGCGAAUUAAGUAAAACCUUCGCGAAAAAUAAAGUAAUCGAUUCAAUCAUUGUAAAAAAUAUCGAUUACAUUCUGAACAACUGUUUUUUCCUAUCCUUGGGGGACAUUCAAAAAUUGCUUUUCGUGAUCGACUUGAUAUUGAACGAUGAAGGUGUCUACUACGAAUUUGGGAAAGUCCGCCAAAGGGAAAAUGCAGGAACUGCGAAAAAUGCGGAAAUUCUGAAAAUCGAGGAAGUUCCGAUCUGCAAAAGUAGCACAGUUGGCGCUCUUGGGGUGGGCACCAUGGAAAGCCGUAUCGCACGUGCCCCUGGAAACGAUGGCGCGAGGGGCAAAGUCGAUUUCGAUAGAAUGCAAAAGCGUGCAAGGAAAGGGGUGCAGGUAAAUAGAACGGACGCUACACGCUUUACCGAUAGGUAUAGCCUCAACAAUUAUAUUAAGGACAUUUUCCUGUACAUAGAAGAAAAAAACAUCUAUCUUAGUUUAUUUCAUUUUAAUUAUAUAUUUAAAAAUAGCGCAGAUUACCAGCAGUUUUUUCUGCGAAGGUAUGAAAGUUACACAUUCGAGACGUUCUCCAGAGAGGUUAUGGCCUCAGCAGGGGGAGGAAAUGAGUCCAGGCGACGAGCAGGGAAACUCACCUUGAAGCGAACCCACAACAGCGGUCAUUCCACGAGCAAACGCAUGAACGGGGGGCGAAACAGAAGUGUCCGUGGAAACGCAAAAGGGAUCGCUAAUUUGUUAUAUAUUAAAAAAAAAAAAUACACCAAUUUGUACGAUGCCGUAAUAAAAUAUCACAAGGAAAAUUUCAAUUUGUUGGGAAAAACGGAUGAUGGUGACGAAGUAUCGUCCUCUUCUUCUUCUUCCGUAGGGGAUCACACAAGUUUAGUCUCAGCAACCAGUAACGGUACAACCGCAACGAGUGGUGCAAAAUGGACUAAUGGAGAAAAAUACAUUCCAGACAUCGCUCAGAAAGCAAACGAUGCACCUACUCAAAAUAGUAACAAUUAUAAAAGCGUAAACGAAGCGGAGGAGAAAAACACCGAAUACGUUCCAUAUGACAUUAUCAGUAGAGAAAAAAUAAAAAAAUUAUAUAAAUAUAAAAAGCACAAGUGCAAACUGAUUGAGAACAAUAAUUUUGUAACUAAAAAAUCCUAUAUCCCUAUUAAUCUGUUUCCUAAUAAUGAUUUACACAUAAGUAAUAUAAAGUUUCAAACCCUAUCAUCAAGCAUACGUGUAAAGGUGCACUUACUCAUUAUGUUCACCAACUUGAUCCUAAUUUUCGAUUUGCUUAACUCGUCCUUGUACCCAUGGGUGUACAAAUUUAUUUCUUUUCUUCUAAAUGUACUGAACAAUUUUAAUUGUAAAUUUUACUACUACUUCGAUAAUUCAUCACUAUUGUCCCAUUUUAAUAAAGACAAAUUGUUUCUACUUAAUAAGAACACGUGGGAUCACAAAUUUGUAACAAAGGUGAGCGAUGUCAAUCGGGUUAGAAUCUCAAGUAGUGGAAAUAGGCUAACUGCAAAGGGUUCCUCCAUUUUAAAAAAAGUUGUGCAAAAAAAUGCCAAGAAGGACAACAGAAUUAAUAUAAAUUUCCCCUACACCAAUUGCGGUCAUAUUGAAAUCUACGAUAAUGACAAAAAGGCGAAUGUGAAGAAACUUUAUUUCCACCACUUUGUUUCUGUUCAAAUUUUGAAAUACUACUCUGUUUUGUCCCUAUACGAGAUGGAGAAUUUGUAUAAAGGCAUUUUAUCCUGCCUGCUCGGAGAUGUUUACAACAGGACGAUGACCACUAUUUGCAUGUUCGAAAGGGAAGGAAACCACUACUCCGUUUCUUCGCCAAGAAGGAACAACACCUACUUUAAAAAUAAGUACUUAAAAAACAACAACGUCGAUUUGUAUAGCUUAAUUAGAGAAUUUAGCAACCUAAGAUGUAACAAUAGAAGUGAAGAGGUAGUUAUAAAUGCCCUGCGGCAUCUUUAUCUGUUCGUUCUGUUUAAUUAUAUGAUAAUUUUGGGGAAUUUUUCGACCGUUCAUGAAGUGCUUGCGGAAGGAGAUGAAGCUCUGCCCUGCGCCGAGGGGGAGGAAGUCAAUGUGGAUAAGUACUCCGAUAGGAAAACCGGCAAUGCGGAUAACUGCUUCGAUGGAAGGAACACUCAUAUGGAUGGCUGUCGAGAUGCCGCCGCUGCGAGGAACAAUCGGGAGGCUCCACAACGCAGUGACGUGGUCAACCUUGCCAACCAAAUUAACUUUUUCGUAAGCGAAAACCACGUAAGGCUAGAAUUGCAAGAAUUUUGCAAAAGCAGCCAAGUCUCAGAGGGGGUAAAAACGAAUUCAUAUUUCUGGGGGAGCCUAAUUACAUUGCCGUUUUAUGUCAACCUCAGCGGGUGUCAUAUCAUAGGCCAAGUUGGAAAAGUGGAAAAAUUGCAUCGGGUCAGCGAUGCUGAGAAUGGGUUCUCUUAUUGGUUCGUUAAUAGGCCCGCUAAUUGGGCCCGUAGCCGCAACGAAGAAAUCCCACAGGAUGAGUACCCCCCCAAGGGGGAAGCAACGGGGCAAAAAAAAACGAUCCCCAUCGAAGACAAGUGCAAAAAGAUAGUACAAAAAAGGAUAACAAAAUUGUUAAGUAGAAAUCCCCAUUUGAUGUUCCAUUUCACCCGGUACGCUCCCCUUUUUGCAAGCACCUUGGCUGAUAUACUAAAAAAGAAUAACUAUUUUCUGUACCAAAAUGAUAGCUACCGUUUCGCCGUCUGCGUCAACUACCUUUACAUGCUUUACGAAGAAGUGAAUGAACAUGUCAUUCGAGAACUGUAUGACAAAGUUAUCCUAAUUAUAAAAAAUGAGUUCUACACUCAUAUUAGUAAAAUAAUCAUAAUAUAUAUUUUUUCCUUUUUUUUAAACAAAACAUACGUUUUGAAUUUGUGCGAAAGCGGCAUUAAUCAUUUCUUUCCUUCUUUUUCGGACUCGAAAGAUUUAUCAAAUAUCAAGUAUUAUUUUGUUCUAAAAUUUGUGCAGUAUAGACCUAUACCUAUCAAGUUGGAAGAGGUACACAAAAAUUUGUAUACCUAUCACAACUAUGCAGUGGUGGGGGAUGCUACUAAGAAUGGAAACCACCCCUGGCGUAGUGAACUCCCCCUUUCGAAGGACCACUCCUUAGGAAAGAUGCCCUCACAGACAGAUUCAUCAUGCAAGUGCACUCAUGAAGUAAGAACUGAAAGGACCUCAUUUGGAGGAGAACAAAGUAGUGGCCAUGAAAGGAGUCGCCCCCUCUGUGCACAAUCACGAUGUUGUAAAGAACGAAUUUGGCAAAACUCAUCUUUAGAGGAAAGAUUCAAUUUGGUAUGCACCAAUCAGUGGAAAGGUGACUGCAACGAAUGCGGGGAAAAAUUACAAAAGACGAGGUUGCGCUUGAAGUUCAACCCCAGAGAAAGCAUUUCACAGUUGGCCGUGGCUAGCAGAAGAGGAGUAGCAGAAGAAGAAGAAGAAAAAAAAAAAAAAAAAAAAAAUCACGCUAGUGGUAGAAGCCUGCAGUGUUAUAUAAACUCUCUUUGCCGUACAAGAGCGAAUGUGAAGCACUCCAAAGGAGCCAAACCGAUUGACAAACUCUCAAAAGAGUGUUCCAGACGUAGCAUCAGUAGUGAAAACCCAUUGGAGGAAGACCACUCCGGAUAUACUUCGCCGGGCAAGAACAAUUCGAUCCAUGAGAAAAAAAUAUACUUUCUUAUAUUCGCGUACCAUCUCUUAAAAUGCAGUAGUCAAUCUAGGCAGUCGAAGCAAAGGCUAAAGGUGGAACUGCUCCAUAUGCUAGUAUCCGACAUGAAUUCAGUUCGCAUAAUCCACUUUAUGUUACAUUAUUUGCAUGAGAAAAAAGAUCUGCAAUUAUUCUGCGCUAUCCAAAAUGGGGUGUUAAAGUGCUUAAUGAAAAUGAAGCCAAGUUAUAAGAUCAUCAAUUAUUUGGCAUUCUUUUUUUACCUUGUAAAAAUAAAAUAUACAAAUGUUAAGGCCAUUAUGAAGAUGCUCAGCAAAGUGUUGGAAAAAUAUGAAUUCAAUUUGAAGGUUUAUAUGGUCAUGUUUAAAAUUAUAAAAGUGGUUCUACACCGUCAUAAAUUUUCGGAUAGCUACCCAUUCAUUCUUUCCAUUUUGAGGCACAUCAAAGAAAGCAACUAUGUCUAUUUACACGCCACAUGUAGGUACUACAUAAAUAUAAUUCAAAAUAAGAUUUCCUUCCUUGAGUGUGCUAAAUUGGGGAAGCAGUGUCGAGGUUACAGCCGCGAUCUGACCGGGAUAGAUGUCAACCCAUUGGGUGACCAUCCAGAAACGGCCCAAAUCAUCAGCGGCGUAAACAUAAAAUAUGAAAAAAAAAAUGAGACAUCGAAUUUUAUUCAAUUAAAAAUUUACAAAUUAGACAGAAGAAAGGUGCUAUCUCUGAAGGAUAACGGAUCGACCAUUUUUUACUCGCAACGUAGUUCAAGAGAUCCCGAGGGGGUACAUAUCGGCGCACGUGCCUUCCCCUCCAGCCAUUACUAUAACAGCAACGAUUUUAACGCGGACUCGUUUUACAGCAUCUACAGGGACGACUCGUAUAGCUUGAAAAAUUAUUGCACCUACAUUGCUAGUGCGGAGCAGUGCAUCUACUUUCCGUUCGUUUUGAGGUACUCUCGCGGUGUAGAAGCAGCCGGGGGAAGAGGUACAUCCCCUGGGAAGAAAAGCAACAUGACCCCCGAGAACGUUACCAGUGUAACACCCACUAACUUACUCCUCAUAACCGCACGUAAAGGUAAACACAAAACGUACAGCAAGCGGGGUACACCACAUGGAGAGCCACUUUGGAACCCUAACGAAACACUCUUCUGCCUAAACGUCUGCUUCGUGCACAAGGGGGAUUUUGUGAACAUACAUAAUGUGUACAUUCCGUACAUACAAUUAGGUAGCGAGUGUCCCCCUAGCAGAUAUGACUCCUCUGAAAAAGAGAAACAUGAUACACGGGCGGAGAUGGAACACCGUGAUGAACACACGACGAAAGAAGCCGCGUUGUUCCGAAGGCUACCCAGAGGAAGAAAAAUUUUGUCACUGAAAAAAAAAAACUGUUUUAUCGUCCGGUAUAGCGGUGCACUGUACAGGGGAAAGGUAAAGCAUAUGAUGAGGAUGCUAAUUAGAAGGUUAAAGAAGGGAAGGGGCUCCGUGCAGGAGGAACACUCCAUGUGCCAAUCGAGGGGGCACUCACCAAACGGUGCCGGAACCAAACGAGGAAGUCAAACGGAGAAAAAGAACAAAAAAAACAAAAAGAAGAAGAAAUACACUUCACCUAAAGAAACACAUGGCACCCAUUUUGCAGACCUAAAAAGAAACCUAAUAAAAAAGGAAGCAUAUAAAAUAAAUUGCAUCUUAAGAGGAAGUCCAUUUUUAAAGAGAGCAAAGUGCCAUGUGGGGGGGAAAGGCGGAAAAGCCAACCCAAGCAUAAAAGACAGAGUAAAAAAAACCACCAAUUCAUACAAGUUGUUAAUCAAAAUAGGAGUCAAAUUACUAAUUAAGAGCAAGUUCUAUGCAUAUAUCGUAUUUCUAAAUAGAGAAAAAAAAACAUUCAAAAGAUUUCUAGGAAAAUAUAAUCUAAAUUUUGCGGAUUUCUUCCAACCAUUUAGAGCCAGCAUUCAAUUCUGGAAAAACAUUUUUGAAGAUGUGUGGAAUGGAAAAAUUGGGAAAAUGUAUAAGUCCGCGAAAUAUUUGAACAUGACAUCGGAUAAAGUUCUCCGAGUGAUUAAGAAAAAGCUACACCCAUUUGUGGUCCAAGAAAAUGUUAAUGUAAAGAAUUGGAAUGUCUAUAAUUUCCCCCAGUAUGAAAUGCACGGAGGGAGAAACUACUCCCUGAAUGAUAAAUAUUAUUAUGCGUAUGGGAAAAAAAACAAAAAAAUUAAUAACCCCAUUUUUGAUGAGUUUUACAUUGAUAACUAUCCUCUCGGUUCGAGUGAAACCGGUGAGACGACUAACUCUACAAUGAAUCGAAGGAAAGCAUAUGAUCAUAAGGGCGGUGUGACAACCAGAAAAAAGGAAACACAUUAUCGCAGAUACAAACCUAAAUUUAUGAGUACCAUUGCGUAUGAUGCGUUAAGUCAUUCUGUCCAUGACAACCAUGUGGAUGUAGUAACUCUGGAAAGAAGAGAUAAACGAAGCGCAAAAGGGGAUAGUACCAAAAAGGGGACUCUCCUAAAAAGGCACAAUAAUAAGCGUGCUACAUCUUUUGCUCAACGCGUAAGACGUAUAUUUCGCCCGAGUGUUAAUCGGAUGUUUGGGGAAAAGGCAAAGUGCAAGAAAAGAAUUACCCAAACUGGUGCGGACAGCGCGGUGGGGAAAAUAACUCAAAAUUGGCACUCGCAGAAUGAUAGCCAUUCGAAAUAUAAAAUAAAUCGUUAUUUAUCGAGGGAAGGGCAGGGGAAACAACAUAGGACCAGCCCUAGAAGUAGCACAAAUCAGGACGUGAUUAAAAAAUUCGUGGGGAUUUUUCUGCCACCAAAACAUCACCUACUCAUGGUCUUUCACAUUCACGAGUGGUCCACGGCGGUUCAGAUACGCACUGAUAACUUAAACACCCUCAACUAUGUGAACCCGUUUUUCGAUGAAUAUUUCCAGUAA